UACUCGCUCUUCGAAAACUAGACGACUGCCUGCAGCCGUCUCGUUCGGUCGUGUGCGUAGCAACUGUGAGAAGUUGCAGCUAGGAGUUCGUCCGCUUCGGCGUGUUCGUCGUCGCUUGGCCGCGUCGUUGCGUACACACUGAAACGUGAUCGGAUUAACCACCCAAGCUGGGCGCUGCGACAACUGCUGCCCGCGAACCAACCGUCGGCGAUGGAAGACGUGGUCGAUCUCAUGUGCAUGGAGGCGCCGCAACUGGGACAGACACCGCGAGCAUCGCACGAUUCGGCGAUCGUCGGUGACGCCGUCGUCAUGGCGAGGUUGCUGGGACUUCAGGAUCGCUACGCUGUCACGUGUGACUACUGCAGGCGCGUGCAGACCGAGGUUCAGACACCGAUGAGGAAAACGCUGGCACUGUGGAUGUCCGAGGUGUGCGAGGAACAGGGCUGCGAAGACUCGGUGUUCCCGACCGCCAUGAACCUGCUGGACCGGUACCUGUCCCUGGUGUCGGUGCGGAAGUUGCACCUGCAGCUGCUGGGCUGCGUCUGCCUCCUGCUGGCCUCCAAGUUACGUCAGACCCGCGCGCUGGCCGUCGACGCGCUCGUCUACUACACUGACUGCUCGGUCACCGCACAGGAGAUACAGGCCUGGGAACUGCAGGUCCUGAACCGGCUCAACUGGGACGUCGCCUCGGUAGUGGCCAACGAUUUCGUAGACCACCUGGUCGCCAUGUUGGGACUCGCCGACCGCGGCGACACCGUGCGGAGGCACGCCAACACCUUCAUCUCCCUCUGCGCAACCGAGUACCACUUCGUUGGCUACACUCCUGCACUGCUGGCCGCUUCGAGCGUAGCCGCGGCUGUUCACGGACUCAGGACACCACUGCACACCACAGAAGCACAGGACGAGCUCAUGUCGUCACUCGAGAGAAUCACCAAUGUCCGGACGGUGGAGAUCCGGCGGUGCGUUCUCGAAAUCGAAACCCUGAUGGCCACCAGUGUGGCCGCCUUCCAGCAGCAGCAACAACAGUCUUACUCGAAAAGUGCUGCAGUCACACCGUUCCCGAGCUGCAAAAGCAACACCCUCGUAACGCCCUGCAUCGCCGACACGCCGUCCAGUAAACCCAACACGCCAACUGAUGUUCAAGACAUCAACUUCUAGGCGAUCGUCAUUCCCGUGUGUCCAAUAUCCGUUUUGUGUACUUUUAUGUAUUCUAUGUCCUUCGCUUCGGAAACCUGUUACGUAUCGCGUUCGACAUUACGCUUUUCAUUCUGUGAACCAAAGAAGUUCUCGUAACUCCCUUUUGCUGGGAGCGACUGUUUAUCUUGCAUUCGACUUCACGUACCGCCUGGUGGAAUAUUUUCACCCUCCUUAGCACAUACUGAGUUCGUAUGCCCCAUCGUGGAGUACGUAACUCGUCAAAAUGGAGUCAAACUCGACUCCACUUUUAAAUGUUAUCGUACGUCUCUGGGUAGUGUGUUCACCUCCUUUAGGCUCAGUUAACCUACUCUAUAGUGGAGUAAAAUGAGCUCUUAAAAUGGCAUAAAAUUUGACUUACUGAUUUGUAGAGGUUGCCUACUCCCCGGUGGAGUGUAUUCAUUCUAAUUAGACACAAAACACUUCAUCGUGGACUACAAAACUCUCUAAAAUGAACUUUAACGUAGAAUCGCUGAAAUUUGAGUUAAAAUGCAGUUAAAUACUCCUUCCUGCAAAAGGGAGUUGCAAGCAGUCCCUUUGUUUGUAAAGCGCUUGCUAUUUGCUACGCUCGAUGCAUGUUCUUAACCAGGCAUGUCGCGCUGCCUGCCUACAAUGUCUUUCGAAAUGUUCUGGCGCAAGAAGUGUAUGGGCUGUUAUUUAUGCAUUGCGAGUCGAUUGUCAUCUCGCUGAUGCUGCUGCAUCAUAUUGAAACUGUUCUUUUUGUUGGUUGAAAAUGACUGUUCGUUUGAGGCCCGUAUUGUUGAAGCUGAAGCACGAUAGUUUUCCUGGCGACUUUCAAUGCAUCUUCUUAGUGAUAUACAUUGAGCAUUUACGUGCGACCUGAUAAUUUCAGCAUUCCUUCUACCUAUAUGUCACUUCUCAGCCGUCACGAACAGCUAUAAUUAAGGAGUGUUGUAGCCGUGAGACACCACUACACAUCUCUUAACCUUUGGUUUUCGGUCAGUUUGCCAGUAGAAACGCACAUUUCGACGAUUCGUAGCCUUGAAUUAAAAGAACACAGUCAAAUCUGGAUGAAGUAGUAACGUAGCGGAAGUGUCAGACAUUUAUGCUGCGAUUUGAGCUGCCUGCCUCCCAUACAAGGCUUGCUGUAAAAAUGUAGACACUUCUGACAGCAGUUGCUGCCGUCUUUAUGCAUCAGCUUAACCUAAACAUCUGUUCGCUUUGAACUCACACCGUGCUUCAACUUCUGGUGGCAGGCGUAGAUUUGCGCUGGGCUUUUCGGCCACUGCCUGUUCACGUUACAACAGAAUGUUAGGCUACAAAUACUCGAAGAUCUCAUCAACUUCCUUGCGGCAUUGUUUAGGUAAGCAAAGACCAGCACUAGUUAUUUCCUUUGGACUAACGCUUACUGCCACUGAAGCCAAAGAAACUUCGCCUCUGCAGAUGCCUCCUUAUAGUUAUGAAAUAUACUGCUGGACAUUUCGUCAAUGUAGAUCUGAACCUGUCGAUUUCGGCAUACCGAAUCCAAGGUUUUGACGCAGUGCUGUCGAAACUCUUCAGCACUCAGUUGUGCUCGUUCAUUGUUAAUCGUAGUGGUUACGUUUGACUUUCUUGUUGACUCAUAAGUUCUGCAGAGUGUUUGUACAGGAACGAAAAGAAAACGAGGUUGCUUUAUCACCUCUAGUAGGAUUUGCUAACCCUGCUUCAAAGAUCUCGGUAAUCUGCAGAGUCCCAGAGCUCUCUCUUCUCUGCAAAGCACACUUUCUUUUUUUUUUUCUUUGUGUUAACUUAUGUCGUUGGACAAGUGGCGAGUAGGAUAUGGUGGUUAUCUCAUACAACCUCCGCUCGCACGCUACUACACAUAUCUUACGCAAAGCUUGCGGGGUGAAAAAAAAAGUGUUGUAUAUAAUAUAAUAUAAAUGAAAGUUAACGGGCAUUGAUAUUUCUAGACCGCGUUUCACACUUAGUGUUGCUGUUUUAUGUCCUUGCAAGUGCCAGAUCUUUGCUGUUUUCGAUAGAAAAAUGUCAUUACGGUGAUUGUAUUUAAUUUCUGUUAAAUGCAAGACGCUGAGGAUAGGCGUCUCAUUUAAUGUGAAAAGUUCUGUUUGCACUAUUUCUGAGUUGUUUGUGGGUGUUCGCGUGGUGUGUCUGAAAUACGCGUUUGUUACGUGGCACAAUCACAUACCAAAGCCAAGGCCACGUAGAGGACUUGCUUAACUAUAGAGUAUUUUGAUGCAUAUGCGUAUAGUACAGUAAAGUUUCAUAGUCUGCAUGGUGUGCGUACGCAAAACACCGACUAGUCCAUGAUUUUUGCCAGCAGUGAUUUUUCUACAGUAACGAGAACAGAGUAUCUGCUUUCCAAAAACAGAAGAAAGCUCACGUGAUCUCAAAAGAUUGUAUAACAUGUAAUUUUGGUGCGCCAUGCUAACCCUCAGCAGCCUUGGAGUUGCAAGACCGCAUCGUCUCAAAAAUGCUGCCCCCUCGAGGGUUUUGAUGCAUUUACAUACCGGUGCUAUGAAUUAACAGAGAUACUUAUUAUAGGGAAAGGAAUUGUCCCAUAUAGAAUAUCCCAUCCAAGAAACAAAAUAAGCCUUCUAUGGCUGUCUAUUGAAAUCAUCACAAAUAUGAAGAACACCCAGAGUCAGGUAGAUUUUUACCAAGGCUCUUUCUUAAUAUAUUCUAUAAGAGCACUUCUCUUUUUCAUUUUUGUUUGUCGCGUGAUUAUUGUAUGUCUGCUUUUUUUGCAUUGUAUUAUAAUUUAUUGAGUUCGCACUGCACCAAAACGGAAUGGUUCAAGUGUGUCUAGUCCCCCCCUUUCCUUCUUUUUUUUUAAUUAUCACAAAACGUCCUGAAUAUCACCCGUGCAGACACUCAGAUAAUUAACAUAUUGCAUUAUCACCGCCAGGGUGGCACAGUUGUAAAGCACCAUGACAUGUACAUAAACCACCGCCAUUCUCAUUUCAUGAACACAUUUUACGUUUCAUUGUUCGUUUACCCUCGCCCAGUAGGGUUAUCUAGUGAGUUUCUGCCACGCGCUAUAGCGCGUAAUCACAAGUGUACUCAGGCCAGUCAAGCACAGUUAUGUAGCUUGACUUUUUUUAUUUCUAUGAAGCGCUUUUAAGCGUGCACCAUUUACAACUUUCUUUCAGCCUUUCACGCAUCUUUCUCCGAACGGCGUCGCCGUGGAAACAGCCUCGACGGCAUUAGGAAGUUUUAGCUACUCGGUAGUGAGGUUUCUUUAGAUACCUGUCUGGCCCCUUUAUCUUGCACUAUGGCCUUUCUCAGAAAAAUCACUGCAAUGAACGACGCGACGUAAUAGAUAACUGCAGAACAGCUUGUUGGUAGAAUUGCGGUAGUGAGUUUUAGCUACUCGGCAGUCUUGUUUGUUUUCCACGUAAGGUACUUGCUUAGCACCUUUUUAUCAUUUGGAGUGCACUUUCCCUGAAUAUCACUAGCACCAUAAGGAUAGUGAUAGAUGCGCCACGAAACAACUUGCUGGUGAAACGACGUUACAGUUUUAGCUAGCCAGUAACGUCAUCUGACUAGUAGGCUACAAUUUAGCAGCCAAGCAUUCUGAUUUCUCUAGCUAUAACGCUCAGUAUGGUCUCAAGAACUCUGCGCGUGUGCUACACCUGACAAAGAAAAAGCCACAUUAUCUUCCACUUAGUGAUUUUACUUACUGUUAACCGUUUCACUGAUUAUUUUUUUUACUCACACUGUUUUUGACAUAGAUGCCUUGAUGCAACUGAAGUCUCGAAAAAAAAAAAAGGAGGGAAUUACGAAGGUGUUUUCAGUGAACGAUUUGGGCUACGCACAAUGGGACAAUGCGAUUCAUGACCACGUUCUCUUGAUCUUGUUACUAUACACAAAUCUGUGAUGGUUAAUUAUUUGUAUUAAUGACCUACACGUUUCGAUGCAGCAUUGUUGCAAUUGUUUGUCGUAAUAUGCAAAGCGUUUGUUCCCUUGUCGCGCCGACAAAACGCAAAUGUACAACUGACUGUUCGCUCGAUGUUUGAACUUUUAGAAAAAGUGUGUUACCUGUUCAAUUUAUACUGUUUAUGUCGUUUACCAGCGUUACCAAUGACAUUCCAUAGCAGCCUCACUGCCAAAUGUUCAAUACAUUCCAUUGAUGCGUGGCCUUGCUGUUACUCUUUGAAACUGUUCUUCAUAAUAAUUUAAAAAAGCACUACACACUUAAAACAAAGGGAGUACGUUGUGUAGUUAACUGCUUUUUAUUUCAUUUUUAAAGGCAUGCAUUCUCUGAUGAAGGCAUUGGCUCUCUUUGAACACAAAGGGAGUAAAUGUACCCCACAGAGAAGUAUAAUAGUUGUCUAACAGGAAGUUAAAGAUGGGAAGAGCCGUUACUCCCAAAAAAGGGAGUUGUCAGUACUCCUUUUGUUCUUAGGGUAGAUUUAUACCACCAUGUUCACAAGUUCUCGCGCAUUUCUGAAUUUUAGCCUUUUUACGAGCUGUGGAACAUAUUUUUUCUGGUUGCGUUUGAAAUAGUUAUCUACAUUUAUAUACAGUAAAUUUCUAUGCGUCGAGUGAAUACAGGCUCCCGACUUAACCUAUUCAUCAUGUUAAAGAAACUGUAUGCCUUAUUUAAGCUGUGCCCUUACUCAUAUACAACCUCCGUUCGCCAGACAGUUGCUCUAGUAUAUUGCGGUCUGUGUGCUUUGCCGUGGUUACUUUUGUUUUUCUGGUGUUAUGAAGCGCUUGAAAAAUUUGCUUUGCCUCUUCUGUCAAUUUUCAUAUUAGAGAGUUUUAGCAUGCCGCUACUGCGCUACCUUUACCGAUACCUGCCAGUUUCGCGCAUAGUAGCUAAACCGCGCCAGUGCGUUGCUGUUCAUAUAUACAGCAUAGGUAGCGCCCGCAUGGAUGGCGACAACCGUCGUAACGGUAUACUAAAACUCUCUAAUGUGUGUUUUACUGCACAUGCACUAGUGCUUUCUUGCAAUGAAACCGGUAUUACGGUGAUAAAGAAAAAAAUAAUACUUAUGACAUGUGUUUGAAAGACACUUGUAAAGAAGAUUAUAAGAGUAUCAUUGUCUCACUUGUUUGUUCUGCUUUGGAUACUUUUUUUCGCGAUUCUCUCAUCUCAUGCAAAAGCUGCAGGUUCAGCAGCUUAUGAUGUUUUUGUGAAAUGAAAAUUAUUAUA